UCACACAGACACUUUCACACGUCUAACCGACCUGAGCUGCUCACUUUUCUUCUCUCUGCUGCUCUCAGACGACGAAGGAAGUCAGGAAACAUCUGCUUUCAUGGUUUUACUCAGCCGGCUGUAAACGAGGCAAAAGAGCGAAGACAAAUCGGUUGCUGUGGAGACAACAUAACGGCGCUGCCAUCGAUCUGAUCUGUCAGUUUUUUUAAUACCUCAUCCUAAAAACAAACAACCUCUCAGCUCUGCAGGGAAAGAAAAGUUUCUGCGUCUCAGAUGGAGUUCGCCUGCAGCCACGUCGUUUGUAACUGGAGGCCAGACGGAUCAGGUGCUCCUCCUCCCCCGCUGCCUCCUCGUCGUCACCGGAAACCCCGGCCUUCCUCUCUUCCUCUGGAACUCCUUCCGUCGGUUCAGCCUCCCCUCACGCCUCGCUCCCUCCCUCCUCCUGUUCCUCCCAGACUUGACUUGUUGGAAGGAGAAGGUCAGAGUGAAGUUAACUUCAACGUCGUCUCUCUAAACGUUGCAAAACUGGUCGACAUCAGUCGAGAUGCAGGUCUGGAGACGUUUCAGAGUCUGGUGUUUUGUGGAACGUGUCGAGCUGCUCUGUCUUGUCUGAGUUCUGUUCAGAGAAACGUCUCAUCAGACGGCAGCUCCUCGCUUCAUAAAUCCAGGUUAGAGGGGGUUCAGGAUGCACUCCAGAGAACGCUAAUGUCCGUCCUGCAGCAGUCGCCCCACAGGAGAGUCGCCCUCGUCACGUUCAACGACGAGGUGGUGAUUUACGGUGACGGUACAGGAGCUCCUCUCACGCUCAGGGAGUGGGCGCUUCUGGACUACGAUCACAUCUGGCAACAGGCCGUCUCUUACAGAGUCCCUCACUGUGUCGCCGAAACGUUUCCUCAGCUCGUUCAGAGAGUCAAAGAACUCAGGGAGCACGGAGCUACAGCUCUUGGUCCAGCAGUGUUAGCUUCCGUUGCCAUGGCAUCCAGGUACCCCGGGUCAAAGGUCAUUCUGUGUACUGAUGGCAGAGCCAACAUCGGACUCGGUGAAAUGGAACAAGCCCCCGCUCUGUCCUCCUUGAACCAGACGCCGUAUUUCUACAGACAGCUGGCUUUGCAGGCCAUGGAGAAAGAGGUGAUAAUAUCGAUAAUGAGCUUCAAAGGGUCAGACUGUCGCUUGGCGGACAUCGGGACACUCGCUGACGCAACCGGAGGACGGGUCAACAUCGUCAGCAUCGGUACUGUGGCAACAGAGAUCCAGUCCAUCUCCGUGGACAACGUCUUGGCAACGAGUGUCACUUUGACCAUGCACGCUCCCGAUGGAGUAUAUUUUCCCUUUGAAGAAGAGAACAAUCACACACUGGUGAAGGAGAUCGGAAACGUGACGAAGGGGCUCGAGAUCACCUUCCAGUUCGCUGUCAAACCAGAUUUCAAGGAAAUUUUUCUCCUGAGGAGCUCAGUUCCAUUUCAGCUGAAACUGAGCUUCAAGACCAGAGACCAGCAGAGAGUCACUCGUGUUCUCACAGAGCAGCGACCCGUAACAACCAGCAGUUGGAUUCGUCCAAGCCAACUCAACAUGGCGGUCCUCGGCGUUCACUGCGCUCAGCUCUGUGCCAGUUUAACCAUGGAGGGCCGGAUACAAGAAGCACAGAAGCAGCUAAAAGCACAACAAGACCUGCUCAGACGGAUCAGUAAAUUGAGGCCAAUCAAAAAGAACGAGAGCAUCUACGGGAACUGGAUGGAAGCCAUGACGACAAUCUGCCACGACACAACAGAAUCUCAGGUUUUGUCCGAUGAAGCAGCUGAAGUGGUGUACCACAUGAAGAGAGCCAGCAGUAACAACUACACACCGAUCCAGAAAAUAACUAAAUAAAGUCAUCCACAGACGGAUGGUUGAACAUCUGCCGUGAGUUCACAUCAAGUGUUUUAGUUUAGGCCGUCAGUUCAGAUGGUCGGGUUAUAGCUGAGAAAUUAAGAAGUUUAUACAUUAAAUGUAGCACAUUUUUAUGUCAAAUAAAUAAAUAAAUAAAUCCU